AUGCGGAUGCUUGCAUAUGGAGCAUCCGCUGACUCCGUUGACGACUACGUUCGGAUCGAUAAAAGUAUGUCGCUUGAGAGCGUGAAGAGGUUCGUUCGAUCGAUUAUCAACAUAUUUGGAGAGGAAUACCUUCGUUCACCGACUAAUGAAGACGUUGCACGCCUUCUCGAGGAAGGUUCACAACGAGGUUUUCCUGGUAUGCUUGGGAGCAUCGACUGCAUGCACUGGACAUGGAAGAACUGUCCAACUGCCUGGCAAGGUAUGUAUACUGGACAUUUUCAUGAACCUACAAUUAUUUUGGAGGCCGUAGCUAGCAAAGAUCUUUGGAUAUGGCAUGCAUUCUUUAGACUACCAGGGUCUCAUAAUGACCUUAAUGUUCUACAUCGUUCACCGGUUUUCGCACAACUUGCAGAGGGAAGAGCUUCACCGUGCUUAAUGUUCUACAUCGUUCACCGGUUUUCGCACAACUUGCAGAGGGAAGAGCUUCACCGUGCAACUAUACUGUCAAUGGCCACGAGUAUAAUAUGGGAUACUAUCUCACCGACGGGAUUUACCCAGAGUGAUCCACAUUAG